CUUCUCCCUAGCUCACAAGAGACAUCUAUUAUUUGUCUCUGUCUAACAAUGGCUUUCUCUACGUUGAAUCAGAGUGCCAAUUCAAGGCUCGCUAGCCGCCCCCCCCAUGUCUCACGUCACAGACGUGAUCGAUUCAGCUUGGCUCAUUUAUCAUGACUCCGCCUCUCUUCCUAGCAACCAGGCUAACCCCAACCAAGCAGAUCUUCGGUCAUUUCCCAAUGAGACUCGCCGUCCUAGCCGUCUUCCUGAUCACAAGAAGCACAGCAAUCACUGUAGUGUCUUGGCCAGUUGAAGGAUGCAGUGUGGCAAUAGGGCUAGGCUCUAGCCUUCAGCUUAAAAAUCAGAAGAGUAGGCGGCUUGCGCGGCCUUUUGUAGUGGAUGAUGUCCUUGAAGCUCAAUUGGGAUUAGGGAUCUCAGCCCUUGGCGAUUUUGUCCCUUGGCUCUGCGCCUUGUGCCACAGUUGAAAGAACCGCAACAACGGACAUUUGGUAGAAUGAGAGAGAGAGGCUUGGGGGAAAUACGACAUGUUAUGUACAUGCUUAUUCUUUGGUCGCAUAAAAGUGAAACGUUAGAUGCAAACCAGUGAAGCAAUUGGGCACACAAUCAAGCAUGACCCUGUUGUUGUUUGUGGAAAUUAAGCUCACGGAUGCCGAUUCUUGUGGUUGCAAGAAUUAAACGAUCGGAAGUUUAUCUACAGUAACGUUCGGUUGAUCUCCCACCUCAUUUCUCAAGCAUAUCCUAGCCUGCCACUCGAUGAUCAGAGUUUUUACCCGAAUGCACUGGCGCGUGUCUGUUUUACUACUUUAUUUGGGCAGAUGGCUCUCAGCCCUGGCGUGGAAUCCUUGUUCGCGAUGCCCAUGUAGGGUAGGACAUCAUGACUUUUCAAGAUCACAUUGACGAUGAGCAAGCCAUGUACAACGACGUUUACGCUUAAUGACACGCAAGCCACUUUGCUACGAGUCCCAACGGGCGGCCUCAUUGAAACUCAAUGUUGCAGCGCGUUCUUGGAACGCAGAAAGGGGCUAUGAACAGGCGUGCUGAGGAUAUUAGCUAACGACUUGACGAAAGUUGGAGACAGAGACAUAAGGAUGAGAACGCAAGACAGGUAAUCCUCAAUGUGUUUAAUUUUUAUCUACCUAGUCAAUUUUAGGGGCUCCAAAACCUUUUUAUCUAGCUGGUAAUUUACAGGUCGUUAUAUUUUACAAGUCAUGCCAUCUAUCCAGUCUCAUUUUAUUUACGCCUUCAAACC